UAUAGAAUACUGGGUCGUUUGUUAUCUAGUGUUUAUAGACACCGACAAUAUGGCGACUAGUAAAGAUUUCACAAAUAUUUCAAAGGAUUCUGAGGAGAUGUUUGACAUAUGUUGUUCAUCUUGCAGUGACGACAACAAGACAAUUCAGGCUAAAAAGUUUUGUGUUGAGUGUGGAUUAAAUUUUUGCGAAAACUGUGUAAAAUUUCAUAAGAAAAUCCCUUUAUUACAGUCGCAUGAGAUUGUAGAUGUGACACAAGUUGGGAAAGGUGAGGUUAAACAAGUGACGAAAGAGCUGCCGACGGAACGAUGUAAUAUACAUCAUGGAAAAUUGAUGGACAUGUUCUGUAAAGAUCACGAUGAAGUCUGCUGUGGAGUUUGCAUAGCUCUAAAACAUAGGGCUUGUGUCAACAUUGAUUAUGUACCUGACAUAGCAAAAGCUGUCAUUAAUUGUAAAGAAUACCAAAUGUAA